AUGUCUUGUGUUGUGGUUGCGACAAUUAAGAUUGUGCAAGAAGAGUAUGAUGAUAUUGUUCGAUUGCCUGCGACUUCUUUGGUUUGUCCCAAAUGUCAUAGUGAAUUUUACUUAGAUGAGAGUGGUAGUGUUUCUUUUGUUAUGUUUGAUAGAGAUGUUCAGAAGCUUUUUGGAUUAGCGGCGAGUGACAUAAGAGAGAGGCAGGUUAAGGCCAAAGAUACUGGAUUCCCUCAUGAGAUAUUUCGAUUGGUUGAUAAGAAGGUCGCUUUUAAGAUUGAUGUUUCAGAAUUCAAUCUUAAAAGUGACUAUCGUGUUUAUACGGCGCAAAAAACAUGUGAUGAUCCAGUAAUAAUUGUUGAGUUAGUUGGUGGAGAUGGUAAUGGUGAUAAAAAUACUGAUGAGGUUACUCAAGAGGUAGCUGACGUUAAAGAUGUUAACCUUUCAGAAUCUUCCCAGGUGUCUGCUGAACGAACUUCAAGGGAUGUUGUCUCUGUUACGGCCGACUCUUCAGUCGUUGAAGUUGAAAAGGAUUCUGGAUCAAGUCCCAAUGGAAAGCGGAUGGCUCAAGAUGCUGAUGUUGUCAACGUUGGUGAGCUAUCCACUAAUGUGAGAAGAACCCGAAAGAAGCUGACUAAGCUUAACAAUUAG